ACCAACGCAAAACAAGAGCGGAAACACCCUUGUAUAAAAACCUGACAGGAAGAACAGUCACUUUCAUACUUCAUGCUUACAAGACAUAGAGGGGAUAUUUGAUCAGCAUCAAAAAACUGAAAGAGAAAAUGGUCAAAAUACGACUUAUUCCUUUGCUCACCUGCAUGACAAACAUGGUUUUCUCUGCUUCCUGGGCUUUCAACAUUGAUGUUGCAAACCCCCACAUCUAUACUGGAGAGAAACAAGAUUUCUUUGGUUACAAAGUAAUGCAGUACAUAUCAGGCAAGGAGAAAGGGAUAAUGGUCACUGCACCACUUCAGCAAAACAGAUCUGGAGGAAUCUGUAAAUGUGUUCAGAACCAAACAGUUUGUUACAAUCCAGCCAUAGCCAUUCCUCUUCCAACCGAAGAUAGCUCAUUGAAAUACACUGGACUGUCCUUGGCAGUUGACUCAAAAAAUCCCCCAAACUUUGUGGCCUGCAGCCCAGGUCUGGUUCAUGAGUGUGAUGAGAACUCCCAUCUGAACAGUGUGUGCUACAAGUUCAACAGCCAGUUCCAGAAAACCGCAAACUUCACACCUGCCUUUCAAGAAUGUACGAAGAAGAAAGUGGACCUUGUGUUUCUGUUUGAUGGAUCAGAAAGCAUGACAGGGGAUGAAUUUAACAAAAACAAAGGAUUCAUUUUGGAUAUCAUCAAACCACUCCAAAAAUCCUCAAUUAAGUUUGCUGCAGUACAGUUCUCAAAGGAAUCCAGGACAGUUUUUGACUUCAACGACUACCAAAAAGGGACGGCCGAAGUAAAGCUUCAGAAAGAAGAACAUUUUAAAUCCUUAACCAAUACACACAAGGCGAUAGACUUUGUACUGAAAAACCUAUUUGAUAACUCAAUUGCUGGCGCCACGCCUGAUGCAACAAAGGUCCUGGUUAUCAUCACAGAUGGAGUUCCCACUGAUAGUGAUAGGAAUUUAAAGUCGAUCAAAAGAACAAACGAAAAAAACAUCAUACGCUUUAUUAUUGGUGUCAAGAACCCCUCAAACAAAAAGAACUCCAACGUAGAUUUUUUGGAAAAACUACAAAAACUGGCAUCAGAACCAAAGGAUGACAACACAUUCCUCAUUGAAGACUAUAAUGGACUGUCAAGAAUCCUGGACAUUUAUCAGAAAAAGAUUUUUAACAUCGAAGGUACCAAGACUGCUCGGGCAGGAAACUUAAAAAAAGAGAUGUCUCAAAGUGGAUUCAGCAGUCAGUUCCAGGAGGAUAUCUUGAUUUUAGGGUCUGUGGGAUCAAAUGACUGGCGAGGAUCUCUCACUGAGAUUCAGGGCCCAGGAUCGGAGGAAAGAGAAAUUGUGGAUCCCUCCUUAGAAAAGGACUCCUACAUGGGAUACGCUUUAACUGUUGCAAAGAAGAACGAUCACCGUCUGUACCUUACUGGUGCUCCUAGAUUUAAACAUAAAGGACAGAUCCUCCUUUUUACUAAAGAUGAAAACAAUAACUGGAAAGUGACUACAAAAGAGUAUGGGGAGCAGAUUGGGUCCUAUUUUGGGGCAGAGCUGUCUGCAGUUGAUAUUGACUCAGACGGCAACACAGACUUUCUGCUGGUGGCGGCUCCAAUGUUCUACCAGUCUCAGAGUGAGGGCAAGAUCUAUGUCUACCAACUGACUGAUAAGCUGGAACUGAGGAGUGUGAUGAACGUGUCAGGACCUUUUUGGGGAAGAUUCGGGUCAUCCAUCUCCUCAGUCACAGAUCUGAACGGUGAUGAUCUAAAGGAUGUGGCCGUGGGCGCUCCCCUCGAGGAUGAAGGCAGGGGGGCUGUGUACAUCUACCUGGGUGACAAACUUGGAGGAAUACGCAAAAGCUACACUCAAAGAAUCGCUGCCAAAAUGCUGAGUAAUGAUCUGGAGUUAUUUGGCCAGACACUUGAUGGGAGAAUGGAUAUGGGCCAUGAUGGCUUGAUUGACAUUGCAGUUGGUGCCAAAGGAAGAGUUGUUUUGUUAAGGUCCAAGUCUGUCUUCAACGUCUCUGCUGGUCUCUCAUUCCACCCCUCUGAGAUCAGCACUGAUCAAUUUGACUGUCUCACCAGUGAGGACCAAACCUUCCCAGUGUUCACUAUAACAGCCUGCUUUAGUAUGGUGGAGGCUACCAAGAGUGGAGUGCGGAAUGCAGAGAUAAAUGUCUCUUACAUGCUGGAAGUGGAUCCUAUGAGGCACACCAGUAGAGGUCUCGUCGGCAGGAAUGGAACCAGAGGACUUCAAAUGAUUGAGAAGCUGAGCAAAAAUGUGACCUGCUUUAACCACUCAAUCCACAUGAAGAAAUGCGUGAAGGAUACAUUGUCCCCAGUUGUUAUCAAACUGACAUUUUCUCAGAACUCGACAACACCACCAACUGGCAUCUUGAAUGUUGACAGCCCUACACAGGCUUCCAUUGAGGUGCCCUUUACGAAGAAUUGUGAAAACAAAGAAAAAUGUGUUGCAGAGCUUGAAGUAAACUUUAACUUCACAACCUCAACUUUAAUUGUGAUGGACCAAAGCUACUUCAACGUAACAGUAAGACUGUCCAAUCAUGCAGAUGAUUCUUAUAACACCAGCCUCACAUUCCUCUACCCACCUGGCCUAUCCUUCUCUAAGAUGCAUCUGGAGAAGGCCACAAGGACGACCCUCCACAAAUGCAGCGAUCUAGAGGGGGUCACUGACAGGACCCUGUGCAGCAUCAGCCUUCCUGUCUAUCGCAGCAAAACAACAGCAUCAUUCAAGAGUUUAUUUCGCAUUUCAAAUUCCUAUAAUUGGAAUGACACCAUGUCCAUGACCAUCAUUGGACACAGUGAUAAUGACAACUCCACCAAUGCUACAGUUACCAAAUCCAUUCCUGUUCAGUUUGCAGUUGAUUUGGCAGUAAAGGCGAAUUACGAAUACUCCAACACGUAUAUUAUCUUUGAUCAUGAGGAUAAACGACCAAAAAAUCUGGUCAACACAUAUGAGGUGAAGAACUUGGCUUGGAAGUCUUUGCCUGUUACAGUAACCUUCACCUUCCCAACUCUGCUUGGGCAUCGAUUUGAAAUGAGGAAUUAUAAAGUGUCAGUCUCAGAGAACCAAACUAAAUGUAAACAAACUAUAAUGGCAACAUCUGAUUACUGCACUAAAGAAAAGAACUGCAAGUCCAUUAAAUGUAAUGAUUUUAUAUUGGACAAAUAUUCGACUGUUCAAUUCAAACUUUGGGGAAGUGUAUCUUUUGAGGGCCUUGAGCAGUUUGUAAAGGACAUGCCACUGUCCAAAAUGUUCACUGGCGAUGAAGCAGACGUCAGAUUCAAAAGUUUUGUAAAUGUUGACUAUGACAAGCAACGAUAUGUCCAAAAAUCAAGUAACCAUGAGAACAAACAUUAUACAAGUUUCCACCAGGCACAGAUUGAUGUUCGAGCAGAGUUCAUCAUUCCCCCAAACAAAAAGCUGAUUAUAGCAACAGGUGCUGGUGGGGGGGUCCUGCUUCUCCUUAUUAUUACUGUGGUCAUGUUUAAGAUGGGAUGCUUCAAGAGUAAAAAGCCCAUGGAACAAGAGAAUGAUGGGAGCGGACAGUUUGAGGAAAACUGUAUGAAUCACGAUCCCGAAAGCAUGGAUUCCAAAGACAAGGAAAUACCUGAGUCUUGUGGUAGCACAGAAGCAAAAGCACUCAUGGAAAAUUUUCAAACGCCUAAAGAAGAAUAAGGAAUGGAGGAAAGUCUUAAAGGCUGCUACUGUACCUCCGUGGCAGGCUGGACUAUUAGUAUAUUUAAGUUCAAAAAGUGAUAUGGAUGAGACAAAGCCACAUCUUACCACAUCAUCAUCCUGGAACACCUUAUUUGGACCAUGAACAUUGUUGGGAAGUUUAUCCAACUUUGAACUUGUGUUUUGUACUGAAAUUGGAGCGAUACAGGAUCUUUGAAAGUUGUCACAUUGUUUCAGUUUCAAGUUACCUUGUACACCAAACCCCGCUAUAAUGGGUUAUUUAUUUAACAAAUUCCACAGGGGGGGGUUUCUGUAAGGGUGGCAGUAUUAGGCUCCCCCCUUAUGUGUGUCAGUGGUGUGCUGUAUUAUUUUCCCCCGCCUCUCUCCUCCUCCCAGGUGUGUCUGUCCUCCUCUGGUGGUGGUGUGCUGCAAGUCAUCUGUACACUGGCAUCCCAUCAACGGACAGUCCGUUUGCUAUACAUCUGCUUCUUCCUUUUAUGUGUGGGAGAAGAUGUUUGGAGUACGGGGUGGUUCCGUAUUGAGACAUUUUCAGUCCUAAUCUUUGACCCCCAUUUGACUAUGGUUCAGUCUGGUUUUCCAAUCACUAUCAGAGUAGGGCUUGGUAAGAAUGCUCAUGUGUAAAAAUAUCAUAUAACCUUA